UGAGACGAGCGACAGCUCCCCAGAACAGUUCAGAUGGAGUUUUAGGGUUCUAAACCAAAGUCUUGUGUGCGUUUGGACCAAUUUCCAAGGGUUUUGCGGGCGGGUGCUUCCCGCGAGGGCCCAUGCGCGGUUGGCGUCCCCAAGUCCGCAGGGCCAGCGUGGAACCUCCCAGGGGAGAGCCCAUUUUUUAGGGGCAAGAGGGUGCUGCCAAGCAGUAGUAAUAUUGUUGUUGUCGACGUUGCGCGUUCCUCCCGAGUGACUCCUUUUGCGGCGCUCCACGAUGCCCGAGGUCUCCUUUCGAUUAUACCAGACCGUUGUAAUAAUCAUGCCUUAAUUCUUUGUUGCCCGCUUUUGCACUGCAGGUCGCUUUGACACCAGCCGCUCGUUUCGUUUCAGAUCUGCCCACCCGCACACCAGAUGGGCCAUGGCCGACUCGUCCACAGCUACCCCUCGCUCCAAUUCGGAACCCCAGCCGCUCAAGGCUCCCAAGGACAAGAGCUGCCCGUUCUGCGGCCAGGCAUUCACGUCGUCGUCUCUGGGGCGUCACCUCGACCUGUACAUACGCCAGAAGAACCCCAAAGCGCCGGAUGGAGUGCAUGUGGUGGAGGAGAUUCGGAAGAUCCGGGGCGGGAUCACGCGGAGGCAGGCCAGGACGUCAGCCUCGAUCAAGAAGGAACUGGGCACGCCCGUGUCGAACAACAACCAGUCGGUGACGGGAGAGGGGUCACCUGUCAUUGUGCAUUCUCCGGGGGAGCAAGGCGACAGUGGCAGCAUUGGCAUGCCAUUGCCGUCGCGCGCAAUUGGGGCUCGCACCCCCGAAGUGAGGAGGGACAUAUCGCGACACAUGCAGAAGUCGGACCUGGACCAGCGGCAGAAGAUGUCUGAGGAGAUGGAGACGGCCAAGGCCACGGAGAUGGCGCUGCGGGAGCUGCUGAAGAGCAUGAGGGAAGCCAGCGCGAAAGCAUCAGGUCUAGGGCUCUUCGACUUCGACCCCUACACGCUCAACUUCCCCAGCCUUUGUCUGCACAUCCUGCCAGCGCCCUCGACGCUCUUCUCCCCGACCCCGUUUCCCACCAGCGAGUCCUGGUCCAUCAGCCCCCCGGGCCAGAAGCAGUUCGAUGCCCUCAAUCGGCAGGUGCGCGAGCGGCUCCUGGCACACCAACGGCAGCGUCAGAUCAACCAGCUCUAUCCCCGGGGCACCACCUCGAACUCGUCCUCCGCCUGCAAUUCGCCCCUCCCCUCUCCUCCCCUCUUCGACCCCGACCCGCAGAAGCUGUUCUGCCACCUCGCCGAUGCCUACAAUCACUGGUCCACCCUGACCGACAAGCAACGGCAGGAGGCGUGGCAGCUGGAGGUGUUGCGCUCAUAUGCCCGCGCCAAUGACAUUCGUCGCGACGUCGAAGUGACCCUGAAGCAUGCUCAGCGCGAGACCGAACAGCUGAAGGCACGUCGGUGGUCAUUGGGCGCCCCAGAGUUAUCCCCGGUCAACUUCCAUGUCAGUCCCGAGGCGGUCACGGAGCUUGGGAAACACGGCAUGGACUUUCGGAAUUGGGAUUACGACCGUCUCAUCGAGAAGUGGAAGAACAUUGUGCGGGAAAACAAGAACGCUUCGACGGGCAUGGCUGCGCAAAAGCCAUUGCCCAGCACGGGUGCGAGAAGUUUCUCCGUAGCCAACAUUCCCGCGCAAUCUCUUUCUGGGAUCAAUGGCGCCGGCCAAGAUGCCAGUGCGAAGAUUCCGUCGAAUCCCUACUCGGCACCGCCCACGACCAACGGCACCGAAGCAAGCAGCGACCAAGCCGAUGCCGAAGGGGAAGACGAUGACCCUGAUGACAUCGACGCUGAAGUCGCAUCAGACGAAGGCUCAAUCGGCACUCAACCCCACGGGAACGCACUCAACAAUCGCCACCACGGCUUACCUCUCCAACCUACACCCAUCCAUCCCUCCCAGAUGCAUGCCCAGGCCCAAGCGCAGGCACACGCACAUGCUCAGGCCCAAGCACAAGCACAAGCACAAGCGCAAGCACAAGCACAAGCACAAGCACAAGCUCAGGCUCAGGCCCAAGCUCAGGCAUGGGCCCGCCAGCACAUGAACCAGAGCCGGAACCAACAUCACCACCAGCAUCAGCAAUUGUCCCCGCAUCCGACACACAUGGGGUCUGCAGCUUCCUCGCGAAGGACCUCACAGGUGCUUAUGGAGACGCAUGGCAUGAGUGCUAGUGGCAUGAUACCCAUGGAGGGUAUCGAGAACCACCAAGACCAAUUCCUACGGAUGGGCAUGGGGCUUGCUGAUGGGUUUGUUGGGACAAAUGGUGACGGGGUGUAGAUAUGUGCACCCGUCCCUCCUCACAUACCACCCCACCCCACCUCUCCCUCUUGCUUAUCCGUUCCUAAUACUUACUUUGCAUGCACAUGAACUUCUUCAUUCUAAAAAAUCUGGUUUUCUCUUCUUUCAUAACAAAUACCCCAUUUCCAAUUUCUGUUUCUCUAUUUUGCUCCGUGUGGA